AAAGACAAAAUGAAUUAAGCGUGAGGGAUCUUGUGUUCCCAGAUUUAGCGUCCUUCCAGAGUCCCCUCUCUCAAUCCAUCCCAUGCAUUUAUUGAUAAUAUCAAUCUCUAGAUUUUCACAAUCUCUUUCUCUCUGUAGGGUUGAAGGCCGUAAAAGGGAUUGGGAAUCGACGAUGCAGAGGAUCCAGACAAUCUUCCAUGGAGUUUUGAGUUUGAUUUCAUGUAAUCCUCGUUAUAUUAUUGCAUGAAGUGCAACAACCAACAGUAAAGAGAGAGAGAGAGAGGCAUCAGAAUUUUUUUAAUAUGGAUUUACCAGUUUUAGGGUUUUCGAUCUUGCUGGGUAUCAUCGUCAUGGGAUGGUGGUUUUCUUGGAAAUGGAUCACCAACAAGAAGAAGAACAAUUUGGAGAUGGAGAAGAAGGAUGUUGGUGGAAGUAGGGUUCCUAAAGGGAGUUUAGGGUGGCCUUUUAUUGGAGAAACUCUUGAUUUCAUCAUCUCUGGUUAUUCUUCUCGACCCGUAAGCUUCAUGGAGAAACGCAAAUCUCUAUACGGGAAAGUGUUCAAAUCUCAUCUAUUGGGACGACCAAUCAUAGUUUCUACCGAUCCAUACGUUAACAAAGUGGUUUUACAGAACAAUGGAAGCACCUUUGUUCCUUACUACCCCAAAUCUGUGUCUGAAUUAAUGGGUAAAGAUUCUAUACUGAAAAUGAGUGGUAGCAUGCACAAGAGAGUUCAUGGGCUGCUCGGUAGCUUCUUGAAAUCUCCUCAAUUCAAAUCCCGUAUAACUCGAGUGAUUGAGAAAUCUGUUCUUCUGUCCAUGGAGAACUGGAAGGACAGCAAUGAUCCUAUCUACAUCCAAGAAGAAACCAAAAAGAUUACGUUUGAAGUGCUGGUUAUGGUGUUGAUGGGUAUCGGUCCUAGUGAAGAAUUAGAGUUUCUGAGGAGAGAAUUUAGAGAGUUCAUCAAAGGGUUGAUUUGUUUGCCUAUUAAGCUACCAGGAACUACGUUCUACAAGUCAUUGAAGGCCAAGGAUAGGAUGGUGAAGAUGGUGAGAAGGAUAGUUGAGGAGAAGAAAUCCAAUAUGGGGAGAACUACUAGGACGACUACUACUAUGUCUGAAAGUGAAAGAGAUGAUCAGAGAGGACGACGACCUAUUCUGGACGUAGUAGAUAUGUUUCUGUGUGAAGCGGUUGAAUCAAACGAGAUGCAGCAGCAGCAACAACAGCCGGUGGAUGUGAUAAGUGAGAGAAUGAUAGAGUUGAUGAUACCAGGAGAGGACUCCGUGCCUACGCUAAUGACCUUUGCGGUCAAAUAUCUCAGCGACUGCCCUCUCGCUCUCAAGCAAUUAACGGAGGAAAACAUGGAGCUCAAGAGACAAAAGGAUAGUACAGGCAAGGAAUAUGAUUGGACGGAUUACAUGUCACUGCCAUUCACUCAAGAUGUGAUCAAUGAAACUCUCAGAAUGGCAAACAUCAUCAAUGCGGUUUGGAGAAAAGCUCUCAAAGAUGUAGACAUCAAUGGAUAUUUGAUUCCCAGGGGAUGGUGCGUCUUGGCAUCCUUUACUUCUAUUCACUUCGAUGACGAAAAUUAUGAGAAUUCUUGUCAAUUUGAUCCGUGGAGAUGGCAGAAAAAGGAAGGAAUCCUUAGCAGUAGUAACUUUUUCACACCGUUUGGUGGCGGGCAGAGACUCUGCCCUGGUUUCGAGUUCUCAAGGUUGGAAGUCUCCAUUUUCCUUCAUCAUCUUGUCACUCGUUACAGAUGGGUGGCCGAGGAAGAUUACAGCAUCAGCUUCCCGACGGUCAAGAUGAAGAAGAAACUCCCAAUAACAGUGACACCCAUUUCUUCUUAAAGUUCGGGAAAAAUAUAGCUUUAGCAAUUGAGCCCAUCAAGUAGUAUCUUCCAGAUCCUGACUCCUGAGAACGAUAGAUUUCACCAGUGUCUUUAUCUAUUUGCCAAAGUAUCUGAUAGCUCCUAAUAGAUAUCCAAACAAAUGAAUGUGGUGCCAACCUUCUCCUAUCCCUGUUUCUGUUGGUAUAAAUUGAAGAUCAGCUCUAAUCCACCUGUUUAAA